AUGCCUGGAAACACCUUCCCCGGUCGAUUGGGCACAAACAACCCCUUCGGCAUCACUGGUAGCGGUGAGAAUGAGCAGGGAGGCGCCGGUGGCAUCUCCAGAGUCGUAGAGGAGGAUGAGAAUGACACCAUUGCAUCGCCCACCACCCCGAACUUUAACGGAGCCUUUGGAGGCACCUUUGGUGGGGAUGGAACUGAGGGACCACCGUCCUCCUACAAAGGAACCAGUGGCGAGGGAUUUCCUGCGCACUAUGGGAUGGGACGGCGUACUUCGGUCUCGGCAGAAUCGCUCAAUCCUACAGCCUCGUCGAAUGACAGUUGGACCCCUCCCUUCCAUCCGAAGACUCCAGAUCAGGUAGCCCGGUUGAAGAAGUCCAUCUCGGGAAACUUCCUGUUCAGUCAUUUGGAUGACGAGCAGAGCAGCCAAGUCCUGGGUGCGAUGGUAGAGAAGCCCAUUCCGGCAAAGGGUAUUAAGGUGAUCACUCAAGGUGACCAAGGUGAUUUCUUCUACGUGGUUGAAAAGGGGUCCUUUGAUGUCUACGUCAAUUCCUCUGGUACCUUGCAACCAGGUGCAUCUGGCCUCGGUGACAAGGUAGCGACGAUCGAGCCAGGUGGAUCCUUUGGUGAGCUGGCUCUCAUGUACAACUCCCCAAGAGCUGCGACAGUCGUCUCUGCGGAACCCGGUUGCACCUUGUGGGCCCUUGACCGCAUCACCUUCCGACGCAUUCUCAUGGACUCAACGUUUCAACGUCGUCGCCUCUAUGAAAGCUUUUUGGAAGAAGUACCCCUCCUCUCCACACUCACUCGCUACGAACGAUCUAAGAUCGCCGAUGCCUUGGAGAUGCAGAAAUACCCUGCUGGAACCACGAUCAUCAAGGAGGGCGAUGCUGGAGAGGCCUUUUACCUCUUGGAGAGUGGUGAGGCCGAAGCAUACAAGGCUGGUACAGAACAUCCUGUGAAGCACUAUACGAAGGGUGAUUACUUUGGUGAGUUGGCCUUGUUGAACGACGCCCCGCGCGCUGCGAGCGUGAUCAGCAAGACCGAAGUUAAAGUGGCCACGCUGGGAAAGGAUGGGUUUCAGAGAUUGCUGGGUCCUGUUGAGAGCAUUAUGAGAAGAACAAAAUACGAGACAAGCCCAGAAACGGCUCCAAUCGGUCCAUAG